AUAUACAGUAUAAAUCUAAGAUCAAACCAUGCAAAUUGCAAAGCUAUAAGCAAUUGGCACGUAACACGAGAAACAAAUCUGGGAUAAACCCCUUUUUUUUCAUCUUCUCUCACGCACACAGUUGAACAAAUUAAUCGGAUUUUUUCUCGACAGUUUGAAUCCAUGAAUCCGGAACCAGAUAAUGGCUACCCAGUUACCCUACCGCUCUUGGCUGGUGAUUGUGAGAAGGGACACGACACUACUCAUCCCUCACACGCCAUUUCAGGCUCUACCUCUUUCUUCAAAACCUGCUUUAAUGGACUCAAUGCUUUGUCAGGUGUAGGAAUAUUGUCAGUACCAUAUGCACUGUCUUCAGGGGGAUGGUUGAGCUUGAUACUUCUCUUUGUUAUUGCGAGCUUAACCUUCUAUACAGGCUUGUUAAUUCAAAGAUGCAUGGAUAUGGAUCCAAAUAUAAGAAGCUAUCCCGACAUUGGCUAUCGUGCAUUUGGAUUCAAAGGAAGAGCUUUCGUUUCCAUUGCGAUGAAUAUGGAACUCUACUUGGUGGCAAUAGGUUUCUUGAUCCUAGAAGGGGACAAUUUAGAUAACAUAUUUCCAAACAUGGAUUUCGAAAUUGCUGGUCUUUUUAUUGGUGGAAGACAGAGCUUCGUAAUCAUUGUUGGCCUUAUUAUAUUGCCUACUGUUUGGUUGAACAAUAUGAGUAUUCUUUCAUAUAUAUCUGCUAGUGGAGUUUUAGCUUCUUUUAUAUUAUUGGCUUCAAUGCUAUGUGCUGGUGUAUUUGAUGGCAUUGGAUUUCAUGAAAAGGGAACGCUUUUGAAUUUGAAGGGGAUCCCAACUGCUGUUAGCCUGUACGCGUUCUGUUAUUGUGCUCAUCCAGUUUUCCCCACUCUAUAUACUUCCAUGAGAAACCAGAAGAAAUUUUCAAAGGUCUUGCUCAUUUGCUUUCUCGUUUGUACCAUCAGCUACGCGUCAAUGGCAGUUUUAGCAUAUCUGAUGUUUGGCUCUAAGGUACAAUCUCAAGUGACCUUGAACCUUCCAACGAACAAAAUCAGCUCGAAAGUGGCAAUUUACACCACACUCGUGAACCCAAUAGCAAAAUAUGCUUUGAUGGUGACACCAAUUGUGCGAGCCGUGGAAAAUCAUUUUCGAUCUUUCCACAACACAAGACUUGUCAGUAUACUGUGGAGAUCCACCUUGGUGAUUAGCAGUAUCAUUGUAGCCAUUGCAAUCCCCUUUUUUGGUUAUCUAAUGUCACUUGUUGGAGCAUUUUUAAGCAUAACAGCCUCAGUUAUACUUCCAUGCUUGUGCUAUUUGAAGAUUUCUGGCAUUCAUCAGAGAUUUGGAUUUGAAAUGAUGUUCAUUAUAGGUAUUGUAGUAAUAGGUGUUGCUAUAAUGAUUGUUGGUACAUACACAUCUUUGAAAGAAAUAAUUGGACAUUUGGUAUGAAAUUUUUUAUUGUUGAUCUAUCAAA